AUGGAAGUGAUGAUCAUAAUAUUUGUUCUGAUUUUGAUGGUAAAGACCUGCCAUAGUGUUAACCGACGGUUCAUCGAAACGUUCUACCUGGCUGAAAACCGAGCCUUACUGAAUCAUGUGUUUCAGUGGAAGACGGUAUCUUCACCCGUGAUCUGUGGGCGAGACUGCUCUAUGGAUCCACAGUGUGCAUCAUUUAACUUUCAGACAAAUCAUGUUUGCCUGUUGAAUAAUGCUAGCAAAGCUCACAGCCUAAAUGACUUUGUUGAGAUUCAAGCGAGUGCCUACUAUGAUGACAACUUGGACACUUUGUCAUUUUCACUAUCCAGCACUACAAGUUACAGUAGUUGUCUGGAGUUGUAUCAAGCUGGUUACCGCAGCAAUGGCAUAUACACCAUAUACCCUUCAAGUCUGGCUGAUGGGUUACAGGUCUACUGUGAUAUGGAGACAGAUGGAGGAGGCUGGAUUGUGUUCCAGAGGAGACAAGACGGACUAGUUGACUUUUACCGCACCUGGGCUGACUACCAAUCUGGGUUUGGUGAUCUGCAGAGUGAGUUCUGGUUGGGGAAUGAUAUCCUGCGUGACCUUACUGGAUCGGGUCAAUGGCAACUCAGAGUAGAUAUGGAAAAUUGGGAGUCCAACACAGCUUGGGCUUCUUAUGGUGAGUUUGCUGUUACAGGUGACAAGUACACUCUCCAUGUUGGCUCAUAUAAUGCUCAGAGUACCGCGGGCGAUUCACUGUCAGCUCAUAAUGGUUACUCAUUCACAACAAAAGAUCAGGAUAAUGAUUUAGAUGAGGAUAUAAAUUGUGGUGCGAAUGUUAAAGGUGCCUGGUGGUUUGGGGCUUGCUUUAAGGCCCACCUGAACGGUAAAUACUAUCCACAGCGAGAUGUGCCAAACUCACUUGGAAUACUAUGGCCGGAGUGGACAGGAUCAUGGGAAUACUCCCUGAAGAAAUGCAGCAUGAAAAUACGGCAAGCUUUGUAACUCUUGACUCGUUGAUCAGGGACAGGGUGUGUAUAAACCUUUGUUUAUGACCGGUAAAAAGUGUUAAUUCAUG